AUGGAUUCCAAACAGAGGGUGCAUAUGAAUCAAGGACAAGGGGGAACUAGCUAUGCUCGAAACUCCAGUAUUCAGAGCGCUGAGCAGAACAGGAUGAAGCCCCUGAUAGAAGUAGCGAUCGCUGACUUGUGCAGCAACAGCAACACCUUGCUCCCCCGAAAGAUGGUGAUCGCAGACUUGGGCUGCUCCUCUGGCCCAAACGCGGUAACAUUGGUGUCGAUAGCCGUCGAGGCUAUCCACAACCACUUCCUUCAGUUCCAGCAGCCACCUCCGGAAGUCUGUGUACUCCUCAAUGAUCUCCCAGACAAUGACUUCAAUAUGGUGGCUAAGAGCCUGGUUGUGCUCCACCAAACCGAUGAGCCUGUUUGUGUAACUGGUAUUGUACCAGGUUCAUUCUACGAGAGGCUCUUUCCUAGUGGCUCCUUGCAUCUUGUCUGCUCAUCCAACAGCCUUCAUUGGCUCUCACAGGCUCCUGAAGAUUUGAGGCUCAACCAUAUCUCGGCAUAUGACAUCAACGAGCAUGUCCGGCGUGAAAGACUCCUGGUGGUUGCCGAAGCUUAUGCGCGACAAUUCAGGAAAGAUUUUACACUUUUCCUUGAGCUCAGAGCCAAAGAAUUGGUUCCAAAAGGCCGUAUGGUUGUUUCCCUUGCAGGCAGGCGUUCUGAUCAACUCGUCAACGAAAUCUCUCAUGUCUGGGGAACUGAAGUUGAGAUUUUAGGUAUCAUGGCUUCAGAGGGUGUAAUUGACAAAGCAAAGUUUGGUUCUUUCUACGUACCAGCAUAUGGACCUUCUGCUAAAGAGCUGAGACUGAUCAUCGAAGAAGAGGGUUCCUUCUCAAUCACUGAGAUGCGGGUGCACGACCCUACAAGCGGCAUGGACAGCACACUCCUCACUCCAAACAGGAUAGCGAAUGGUCUGAGAGCAGCAUUCGAGCCGAUAAUAGUCCAGCAUUUUGGAUCGUCUGGAGAGGUCAUGGAUGAAUUUGUGAGGACUGCCGAGAAGCACUUCAACCUGCAGCGCAGCUCGCAAGUCAAGCACACCCAAAGUCCGAGAGUUAUGCUAGUUGCAUCGCUCACCAAGGCAUGA